UAAUGGGAAAGAAGGAAAAAGGAAAGCCUAAUCCAUUAGGUGAAGUUAGUAGAGAUUAUACAAUCAAUCUCCAUAAGGCAGUUCAUAAAGAAACAUUUAAAAGAAAGGCACCUAGAGCAGUUAGUCAUAUUGUCAGAUUUGGUAUUAAAUCAUGGACUAUUUAGCUUAAAAAAACAUGUUAACUGAGGAUGUUAGAAUAGAUCCAUAAUUAAAUGAGGCAGUUUGGGCAAGAGGAAUUCGUAAUUUACCUAGAAGAAUAAGAGUAAGAUUUUAAAGAAAGAAGAAGGAGGAAGAUGAUGGUAAAGGUAAGUAUUAUACCCUUGCUCAAUAUGUUCCAGUCGAUUCCUUUGAUAACCUUAAGACUGAAAUUACAAAAUAAUAAUGAU